AUGCAUCUCCGCAACGCAAAACGCUACUCACCCGACGACGGACCCUACGUCCCCCGUAAGCGCCGCCAACGCAGCACAAAAGAGGAUCUUGAACGAUCAAGACUCAUCACCACUCAGAAUGAGCAGUCACCAAUCUUCACUCGCCUGCCCCGCGAAUUGCGCGACAUGAUCUGGGAGCACGCAUUCGGCUCCGAUGAAACUACCUUUCAUUACCGUAACCUCGCCAUCGAUGCCAAAAACCGAAAGUACCCCUCGAGCUGUCUCGAUGACCACUAUAUGGGCCUUCCCGAAUGGCUACUUUCGUGCAAAACGAUUCUUGGGGAAGCGCUUGAACUCUUCUACAGGACGCAGACAUAUGUCCCAACCACACAAUAUGGAAGAACAAAACGAAGAGUAAGCCUAACACCAAAAGUUCGCCGCAGAGUUUUCAGUGCGAAAUCAUGUUAUCGUGCACCGCCAAACCCGGUAGACCGCAGCGAGUAUAAGAACACACUUCUCUUCAACAACAGCAUCAAGAACGUCGAAAUGACAUGGAAGGUCAUAUUGAAUUGGCAAGGGGCUACAGGCGCCGCGAAAGAUCUGUGGUUUGCGCCGGACGAGGUCGACACCAUGUUUGUGCGAUACCUGCAGCGACUCCGACCAGAACUCAAAGACGUCAAAUUCACCUGCGAAGUGGCAUUCUUCUGCCAGGUGUGCAGUUAUGUGCGUACGGAAGCGGACCCACACAACAAGAAGAGAAGGGAAAAGCGAAGAAAGAGCCUAGAUGGCAAGAUAGAAGGACUUCGUGGGUGUUGCAGAGGCCUGACUGUUGAACUUCAGAGUAACGUGUGCGAGCACUGCGAAUUGGACAGUUCGGACCAACUUGCCGAGGAAAAGGCAACGGUGGAAGCGUGGGCAAAGGGCAUUGUUGGUAGUGAUGCGGAGGUGCACGAUUGCGAUGAUACGAGAAACACGUCCUAUUAUGAAAAGGAAACAGUCUUGAGGACUAUCAGGGUUUUCACGCAGAGAUCAUGA